AUUCUCAAUAAAACUGGUAUCCUGUCUUCAUACUAUUUACCAGUUACAACCUUGUCCAUGCGAAAUUUAUAAAAAUAUCUCACUGAUUUUCUGUGAUAACUCAGUUAUUGCAACUAAGGUAUAAAAAAUAUAAAGAAGAUAUGGUAUAAUACUACAACCAAUAUGUCUGUGUCCCUGUUAAAGUGUAUGAACAGAUUGGGACCAUUCAGAUGGUGUGGCUACAAUGGAAAACCAGCCCAAGCAUUGAAAACAAUCAAGUGGCAUCCUGUUCAGACAGUUACAGUGGUUCCGGGAAAACAAUAUGUAACCUUCAGGAAUAAAAUUCUAUGUGAAAAAGACAAAAUACUACUAAUUAAUUGUAAACAUUUACAUGUAAUACCUGAUGAACCAAGAUCUAAGGGUCGUCAAGAAAAAGACAAGGUACCACAUGACUUUGUUUUUAUAUUUCAAAGCUCUUAUGAAAAUUAUAUAAAGAUAAUUGGAUUCAUUGUACCAUUAUUGUCAUAUUUAGUAGGUAUAACAAUUUUUGAUAUUCAAAGUCGUUUUACUGAUCCAGAAAAAGAAAAAGAAAAAGUAUUCAUUGACAAAAAGAAUAUUCCGUUCGUUAUUGGAUGUUCAGCUUUCACCAUUAUUUUGCUUACUUGCCUUACUAAAGUCUACAGAUUUACAAUGUUCAGAAUGUAUAAGCAUAUAGAUUCUGAUUUAUUUAUUGGUGUUGUUCCAAGAUGGUUUCUUUGGACGAAGAACUUUACAUUUCGUGCCGCAGAUAUAAAACGCUUCCCACCUUCAGGAUAUAGACGUUUUGUUAGAGGAGAUGUACAGAUUAAAGGAAGACCUUUUGUUUUAGACUUCGCUGAAUUUGGACUACCAAAAUAUUAUAAUGAGAUGCUAGGAUAUGAUGUGGAGGCUAGUGGUAGAAAAUUUGAAGAAGAUGUAAUAAUUGAAAAAUUUAAACGGAGAAAAUAAACUUAAAAACAUUUGAAAGUCUUUUGAUUUUUGUUUGCCAUG